AUGGUUCUUUCUGAAAAACAAAAAUAUGAACUUAAUCAAGCUAUUGCUGAUUAUCUAAUAACAAAUGGUUAUACUGUAGCAUGUAAAGAAUUUUGUAGAGAAGCAAAUAUUUCCAUAAAUGAAAAUGCUGAAAAAAAAGAUCAAUUAGAAAAAAAAUGGACUUCAGUUAUACGAUUACAGAAAAAAGUUAUGGACCUCGAGUUAAAACUACAAGACGCACUUCAAGAAGUAACAACAGGUGGACCAACAAGAGAAAAACGUUCACCUGGCGAAUGGAUACCUCGACCACCUGAAAAAUUUGAAUUAAAAGGUCAUCGUGAUACGGUGACACAUGUUGUCUUUCAUCCAACUUUUGAUAUUAUUGCAUCAGCUAGUGAAGAUGCUACAAUCAAAAUUUGGGAUUAUGAUUCAGGUGAACAUGAACGAACAUUAAAAGGUCAUACAGCACCGGUGCAAGAUAUUGCUUUUGAUCAUACAGGCAAAUGGCUAGUAUCAUGUUCGGCUGAUAUGAGUGUUCGAUUAUGGGAUUUUCAAACAUACCAAUGUGUGAAAACAAUGCAUGGUCAUGAUCAUAACGUGUCUUCAGUAACAUUUACACCUAGUGGUGAUCAUAUUAUAUCAUGUAGUCGUGAUAAAACAAUUAAAAUUUGGGAAGUAUCAACCGCAUUUUGUAUUAAAACUCUUAUUGGUCAUCGAGAAUGGGUACGUAUGGUACGUGUUUAUCAAGAUGGAACACUUAUUGCAAGUUCAUCAGUUGAUCAUACUAUAAGAAUAUGGUCAUUACCAAGUGGUGAAUGUAAAAGUGAAUUACGUGGUCACGAUAAUGUUAUUGAAUGUAUUGCUUGGGCACCUGAUUCCGCUGGACCACAUAUAUUAGAACCUGUUCCUAAUGGUGGAAUUGAGACACAAAAACGUUCUGGUCCUUACCUUGUAUCCGGUGCACGUGAUAAGACAAUACGAAUGUGGGAAGUUACCAGUGGAUUAUGUUUAUUUAUAUUAACUGGUCAUGAUAAUUGGGUUCGUGGUCUACUCUUUCAUCCAGGUGGAAAAUAUCUAUUGAGUUGUUCUGAUGAUAAAACUCUACGUGUAUGGGAUAUAAAACAUAAACGAAAUAUAAAAACUAUCGAUGCUCACACUCAUUUUUGCACUUCACUUGAUAUGCAUCGAAAUAAACCAUAUGUGAUUACUGGGAGUGUGGAUACAUCAGUUAAAGUAUGGGAAUGUCGUUAG